UUUAUAUUUUCCACUAAAAAAUAGUUACAUAAAACAGACAUGUAAACUUUUUUCACAGUUGUUUAAACACUAAACUCCAAAUUCCCAGUGGCCCAAACCAAUUUGCCAAAUCAUUCAUUCUAUCCUAAAGUAAACACAACACAAUUGUUCAAACUUUUUCUACUGAUGUUUCUUACUAAUUGUACACAAAAUAAACCAGGUCAGGGUGUACAGAUGGUGCAAGUGUUGUAUGUUUAUACCAACAAUGAAUCUGAUAGACAGAGGAAGAGUAUGAGGAAGAGGUGUGGAUAUAAGACUGUGUGGAUCUUUUAAAAGAAUUGCUUGAUUUUGACUAUGAAAUGAUUGUUUCAGCAAUUUUUAUGUUAUUUACACAACAAAAGACUGAAGGACCAGAAGCCUGAGGAAACUUUAUAGUGUUUAACGGAAGUUUCACCUUUCUAGCUCAUUGGGAUGGUUUAAUAGGAUUGUAAGAGCUUUAUACACAACUUGAGAUAAACUUUAAAGUUUAGUAAGAUGUAGGCCAAUCCUUAAGCCUAUAAAUCGUAGGUACAACUAAAGAUGAAGUUCAAACUGUAUGUCGUUAAUGCACGUAGCUGUUGAUUAUCAAUGACUAGUAUUGACAGACAGCUAUGCAGGCACUAGUGGAAAGCAGCAGCCGGUGUGUAUUGAGAUCUCAGAUAAAGAGUCGUUGUGACGAAAAGAAGCCUGCAGGUCAUUCACCUACCCAAUAAAGAGCAACAGAUGCACACAAUUACUGCCCCAGUGACGCACAGUUUAUGUGUGUGCGUGUGUGUCCAUGUGUGCACGUUUCCUCCAAAAGACAUUGGCCCUUUCAGCAAAUCUUAUGCAGAUGGACACAGAGACCUCCCUCCCUCAAGCAAAACUCAGAAUUUGACAAGUGACCACUGCGCCCCGGACAUACACUCGUACGCUCAGAGAUAAUGCAUUCAAAGUGACAGAUCAUGCCUUUGUCAAAUCCCAUGGAAUGGAUCAGAAGGAGCCGGGGUUCUCCUCGUCUGGUGCUUGUAAUCGUCUGUGUGGCCCUCUUACUUGAUAACAUGCUGCUAACUGUUGUGGUUCCCAUCAUCCCCACCUUUCUGUAUGCCACGGAGCACCAUACGCAAAACCUUUCGUCUGCCACCUCAUCCAAGUCUCUUCCAGCCUCCACAAGGCCGACCUUCAACUCCAUCCAAUCCCUGUAUGACAACACCACCUAUACCAUCACGAUCACCAAUCACGUUCUUUCUACUUCCUCUUCUGCACUCAGCACUGAUGGAGGUUCAGAGAUUUACAAUAUUUCUUCUGGAUGUAAAGAGGACAGUCAGUUUUUGGAAGACGAGAAUGUCAGAGUUGGGCUAAUGUUUGCCUCCAAAGCCGUAGUGCAGCUCAUUGUCAACCCUUUUGUGGGUCCCCUUACUAACAGGAUUGGAUAUCACAUACCAAUGUUUGCUGGGUUUGUCAUCAUGUUUGUCUCCACAAUAAUGUUUGCCUUUUCAGGGACGUACGGUUGGCUGUUUUUUGCCCGCUCGCUGCAGGGAAUUGGAUCUUCCUUUUCCUCUGUGGCAGGUCUGGGAAUGCUGGCCAGUGUGUACACAGAUGACAAUGAGAGAGGAGUUGCGAUGGGAAUAGCUCUGGGAGGACUUGCCAUGGGAGUACUUAUUGGAGCGCCUUUCGGCAGCGUUAUGUAUGAGUUUGUUGGUAAAAGUUCUCCUUUCCUCGUCCUUGCCUUCCUGGCUGUAUUUGAUGGAGUCCUGCAGCUGUGUAUUCUUCAGCCCUCCAAAAUAUCUCCAGGGAGUGUUGAAGGAUCACCGUUGAUCACCCUGUUAAAGGAUCCUUACAUACUCAUUAGUGCAGGCUCAUUGUGCUUUGCAAACAUGGGAGUGGCUAUUUUAGAGCCCACACUUCCCAUCUGGAUGAUGCAAACAAUGUGUUCACCAAAAUGGCAGUUGGGUAUGGCUUUCCUUCCUGCCAGUGUGUCAUACCUCAUUGGGACAAAUAUCUUUGGUAUGCUCGCCAAUAAAAUGGGAAGGUGGUUAUGUUCCAUGAUUGGGAUGUUUAUAGUUGGCAUCAGUCUUCUGUGUGUUCCAUUUGCCACAAACAUCUAUGGGCUCAUUGGUCCUAAUGGAGGGUUGGGAUUUGCUAUUGGAAUGGUUGAUUCUUCUAUGAUGGCUAUAAUGGGUUACCUAGUGGAUAUCAGACAUGUCUCUGUCUAUGGGAGCGUGUACGCAAUUGCUGAUGUGGCACUUUGCAUGGGCUUUGCUAUUGGCCCAUCCACUGGCGGAGCCAUCGUAAGAUCAAUUGGCUUUCCCAAUCUUAUGGUUAUAAUAGGUGUUAUCAACAUCCUUUAUGCACCUCUUUGCUUCUUCCUCAAAAAUCCUGCUAUUCGGGAGGAGAAGAUGGCUAUUAUAAAUCAAGAGUGUCCAAUGCGAGUAAAGAGCUACAAUACUCAACGUGAAUACAGAGAAUUUCCACUGAGUGAUGAAAGUGAAGAGGACACAGAAGAGUGAAACUCAACUAGUCUUCAAGUUUACCGGCAGAUUGGUUUAAAAAUCCAAUAGGGAUAAAAUGAUUCAUAUUACAGUCACUAUUCACAUCCUUAUGUACACUCUUAGAACGAAUGUGUUAAAAACAACACAUAAGGGUUGAUUCUGAGACAACACACUAAAUGCGUUGUCCCAGAAUCUAUCUCUGUUGAAACAACACAUUUUGUGUUACUUUUAACACAACUUGUGUUUUAUUUUAACACAAAAUUAACACAAAAUGACACAUAAUGUGUUAAAAGCUUAACACAAAAAGAUGUGUAAAAAAUUAACACAUCCUUUCUAAGAGUUUACAAUCAUUUGUGUGUACAUUGUUAGUGUUGGUUACUCAAAUGUUAUUGCUUUCUUACCUGUAUGCCUACCCUGUCUUAUAUCUUGCCAGUUGUUUUAAAUAAAAUAAAAAUCCUAA